CGGGUGAGGUAUUGCGACAACAGUCUAUUUUGAGAUAGUUCACUGACACAGGCGACGUCUUACAACAUUGAAAUAUCGUUGAUCUAGCACCUCGAUAUUUAAGAUGUCGACGGCAGCGGAGAAAGCAAUGGCGGCAGGGGUCAAUGUUGACCUGGUGAUGCUUGAUGGAUUUGUGCAGCCUGCUAUUCUAGUGGACAAGUUGAAGACAGUAAAGUAUGUUCCUAUCCGUGAAGAUGACAUCCUACUCUGCACAUACCCAAAGUCAGGCACUCACUGGACGUGGGAGAUCCUCAACAUGAUAGUGGCAGGAAAGGCUGAGUACGCCAAACACUGGCAGAACUCUGCCUGGUUGGAAUACAGGACUGAGGAAGAAUUGGCGGAACUGGCAUCCCCAAGAAUACUCCACACCCAUCUACGACCAAGCCAACUACCAGACGCAGUAUGGGACAAAAGAUGUAAGGUGGUGUACGUCAGGAGGAAUGCUAAGGAUUGCUUGGUGUCGUCCUACAAUCAGCUCAGCCAGCAGGUCUGGAAGGACAACCCUUUUGGGAAACGAAGCUACACGGGCACCUGGGACGACUUCAUUGAUCUUUAUCUCGACGGAUCUUUUCCUGGUGGAUCCUACUUCGAACACACAGUUGAAUGGAACAACAUUUCGAAAGCCCACAAAGAUUUUGAAAUUUGCAGACUGCAGUAUGAAGACUUGAAAAAGGAUUGCGUUCAGGAAAUAAGAAGAAUGGCAGAUUAUCUGGGACGCCGUCUACCGGAUCAAACAUAUCAGGCUAUAUCCGAUGCUUGCUCUUUUAAGAAUCUCAAGCACGCUAACGAAAAAAUAAAAGAUCAAACCUACCACUUUAACUGGCAAGAUGGUUCAAGUGGAUACUUCAGAAAAGGUAUAACUGGUGACUGGAAGAACUGGUUCACUGUGGCCCAGAGCGAGCGAUUUGAUAAAGUAUAUGAAGAAAGGUUGAAGGAAACAUUCCCAUACUGACAUAGGUUGAAUCAUGAGUAAUAUUUGUCCAUUUGUGUUUACAUUAGGACUAUGAAUACAGCAGGUGUUAAUGUACAAACGAACCAUAUUUAAUUAGUAUUAUAAUGCCAUUGCAUGUUCAUUUUCUGAUAAAUGUGUUGUCAUUAAGCUGAUAAUACGAUACAACUGUA